UGUGAACGCACCACCGCUAGUCGACUCUCUGGUUCCACUAUGGCGGCCGCUGUGACUCGCGGAGGAGGACAACUUCUACAUUCCGACCAGGAAACUGCACCGAGGCGACGGCAAUAAGUUGGAGACGCGAGGCAGCCGGAGCGAGGGAAGCGGCGGGGAUUUUCCGUGGAUCCGAGCAGGGGGUGCUGAAGAAGAAACUCCCUCCCCGGUUGUUAUUUUUCCGCCGACUGUCACUUAGCCGGUUAGCCGCUAAAGCUAAGGCAGCUCAGCGAGUCGCUAGUGGCCCAACGUCGGGGUUUAGCGCCUUGCGAGGGCGACGAACAUGGCAUUUCGUUCCCACUCGGUAAGCGAGCUGGUCGGCAAGGGUGCGCUGAGAGCGUUCCGAGGCCCGCGUGAUAAGUUAGGGAGCGCUCAGUAGCCUAGCCGCGUUAGCGCUUCACUUGUCCACUACUACUCGCGAGCUAUCCAAUUAGCAUUCCCUCCUGUAGUUUGCACUGCUAAUCCCGACCAGUGGGUGUUUUCUUUUUUUUGAAUUGGUUCAACGGGGCUUACGGACCGAAUUGGUUUAACGCCUCAACUUGGCAAACACUUUGAUUCUGUAACUGUGCGUUCCAGCCCUUCUUACUGUUGGUGGCUUGUGUCUCCGAAGCAGUGCGAAUUGCAAACCUUCCCCCUCUUACCUACAUAUAAAUAUACAAAAACAAACAAACGAGUGAAUUGUGUGUGCAGUUAAUGUUAGCCUAGAAUAGCCGGUAUUGACUUUUCCUUACACAGAUUUAUGGUCGCCACACGAAAGUCAUCAAGAUCCCAUUUGAAGUCUCUCCUUGCUUCAGUACUGGAAUAGUUUGAUGGACGUGGGAGGCUGUUUGCCAGACUGUCCCUUCUAUACCAAGUCAUGUAUGUCCUGGCACAUGGCGCCCUUCUCAUGGACGGGCAUCGUUUUUCUACCUGAGCCGUGCACAGUGGACGAUGUUUAUUAGUUAGUGCCGCGCCCCCUCCCAAAAGAAGCAAGAGACUAACCGCAGGUCCUGUGCGCAAGCCCCAGAUACUGUCGAGUGUUCGUUCGGGGGAUUGGAACGAGACGCCCGCCACUCUGGAUCAAGAAAACCUGUCCCUCGCAUCCGGUUGGAGUAACACUCUUAAGCCAAAAUCAAUGCCUUCAGCGCUGGCUGUGUUCGCCUGCCGACCCAACUCGCACCCAUUCCAGGAGAGGCAUGUGUACCUGGACGAGCCCGUCAAGAUCGGCCGGUCGGUGGCUCGCUGCCGGCCGGCCCCGAACAACGCCACCUUCGACUGCAAGGUGCUGUCCAGGAACCACGCCCUGGUCUGGUUCGACCACAAGACUGGCAAGUUCUACCUGCAGGACACUAAAAGCAGCAAUGGCACCUUCAUCAACAGCCAACGGUUGAGUCGGGGCUCGGAGGAGAGCCCGCCCUGCGAGGUCCUCUCGGGAGACACCAUCCAGUUUGGCGUGGACGUGACGGAGAACACACGCAAAGUCACACAUGGCUGCAUCGUGUCAACAAUCAAACUCUUCCUGCCUGAUGGGAUGGAGGGACGCCGACGAAGCGAUGUCAUCCAGGCUCCGCUGCCGCUGCCUGUAGACAAGGUUGCAGCCAACACCCCCAGUAUGUAUUCUCAGGAACUGUUCCAGCUCUCCCAGUAUCUGCAGGAGGCCUUACACAGAGAGCAGAUGCUGGAGCAGAAGCUCGCCACGCUGCAACGUCUGCUCACCUCCACUCAGGAGGCCUCAGAGAGCAGCUGGCAGGCUCUGAUUGACGAAGACCGUCUGCUGUCCAGACUGGAGGUGAUGGGCAGUCAGCUGCAGGCCUACUCCAAGUCUCAGACGGAGGAUGGCAUUCGUAAGGAGCUGCUGGCCCUGCAGGAGGACAAACACAACUACGAGACCACGGCCAAGGAGUCUCUCCGGAGGGUCCUGCAGGAGAAGAUCGAGGUGGUCAGGAAGCUGUCGGAGGUGGAGCGCACGCUCGGCAACACUGAGGACGAGUGCACGCACCUGAAGGAAAUGUCCGAGCGGGGCCAAGAAGAGCUGAGGGAGCUGGCCAACAAGUACAAUGCUGCUGUCAAUGAGAUCAAAGAGCUCACCGACAAAAUCAAGGCAGCGGAGGGCCGUCAAGAGGAGCUGACCCAGCGGGGAGCGUCGGAGAAGAGGGAGCUGCAGCUGCGCAUCGAGGAGAUGGAGGAGAAGGAGCAGGUUCUCCAGGCUCGCAUCGAGGCGCUGCAAGCUGACAACGACUUCACCAACGAGAGGCUCGCUGCUCUGCAGGUGCGCUUAGAGCAGCUCCAGGAGAAAAGCGUUAAGGAAAACAGCAGCCUGGAUGAAGACGAGGCCUCCCUCAGUGCGGCGGCGGCGGCGGCCGAGGAGCGGCCCGUCGAGGACGAGCCGAACCCGCGGCCCCCGCGGAGCUGCGUGGAAGAGGAGGAUGAGGACGAUGAGGAUACGGAUACUGACGAUGGUGCAGCUGGAGAUUUGGAUGACAACUUUCACGUUAACAACAGCGGAGGAGACACCACUCGAAUCCAACAGUUGAUCGAGUGUCCGCCAGUGAAGCAGCUGAAGGAAGCUGUCAGUUCGUCUAUCCACAAACUGGCAAACUUUGAUGAUGCCCACCUACAGAACAACCAGACAGCAGGAGACGACAUCCUGACCGGCCCGGAUCGACUCAAAGGAAACCAGAUGGAUGCCAAAGAGUCGGACAUGUCGGAUACGCUGAGUCCCAGCAAAGACCGCAGCAGUGAUGACACAUCAGACGGCAACAUGGACGACCAGGACCUCAACGAACCGCUCAACAGAGUAGCUCUGCUCAAAGCCGAGUUGCAUCGGGCUGGCUUGGAGCCCGGCGACACGGAGCAGGUCAUCCACCACCUGCACAGGGAGCUUCUGGAGGCCCAGGAAUUAGCCAACACCGGCAAGCAGAAGUGUCUGGAGCUUCAAGCUCUGCUGGAGGAGGAGAGGCGGAAUAACUCUCAGCAGACUGAGGAGUCGACGAGACAGAUCCAGUACCUGCAGACUCAACUUGGGAAGCUGCAGGCCGACAUGGAGGCUCUGAGGGAGCAGAGGGAGAACACCAUCUGUAGCACAAGAGAGGACCUCUACUCCGCCCAGGAGGAGAUCCUCGUCCUGCGGCACGCCGUGGAGGCGGCCACGGCCGAGCGGGAGCGCGACAUCGCCGCCCUGCAGCAGGACCUGGGCGGCGUGCGCUGCGAGCUGGAGCGCUGGAGGAGCACGGCCGCCAAGUACGAGGAGGAGAUCGGCCGUCUGCAGGAGGACUUUGCGCAGCAGCAGCUGCAACGCAACAACACCAGUCAGCUGCAGGCGGAAUGUGCGGCAUUGCGGCAGCGGUGUGCGUCUUUGCAGCAGGACUGUGACGGCCUGAGGGAGGAGAAGACAACUCUCGCGGACAAGCUGCACCGCCUGGAGGCCGAGCUGUGCAGCACAAGGGCUCAGAGUCUGUUCCUCAGCAGCAGUCUGGAGUCCCUGGAGAAGCGGGACGAGGUUCUGCGGGGAAAGCUGGGCUCGCUGGAGAACCGGCACCUGCAGGACGAGAGCCGGCUGAAGAUCCAGCUGGACCGCGCCCAGGACCGCACGCACACUCUGCAGAAAGAGUAUGAAGACACACAGUCGCAGCUGUCGGACCUCCGUCAGCGCUACGAGAGAACGGAGCAGGAGAAGACCAACAUCCACCAGGAGCUGGAGCAGUGCAGGAGCAACCUGAAGCUGCUGCAGGACAAGAACAGCUCUCCAUCCAUACUGCAGCCUGUCCAAGCCAUAUUCAUGGGUCUUGUCCUGGCUCUGAUCUACUGGUGUUUCGGCCAGUUGUGGUAGAAAGGGCGGCUGGAGCCCCUGGAUGCCGGUCGUCGCAGUGAUGGUCGCCGUGACGGCAGCCAUCAUCUACCCCAACCUCUCCAAGAGCAGCUCGGCCUGAAGCACUCGGCCUCGCGCACUCGCACACGCACACGCGCACACACACGGUGUAGUGGGGUUUACUUGCGUGGGCCAGACAAAAUGUCGCCGUGAUUAAGGUUGGACGUUAACGAUGGUGCCACACAAUCCUACAAAGACAAGAGCAUGUACACACACACACACACACACACAGAGGCGUGCGUUGUUUGUGAGGAGUGCGCCCCUGCUUUACUUGUAUAAAGUCAAAUUGUACAUAAUUGUAGAGGGAAUAUAAAAGGUUUUGGUUUGUCACAGAUUUAUUUUGUCAAGCGUCGGGAAGUUUAGUUUAUUAGUUUUUGGGGGUUUUUUUUGUCAUUUUUAAUAACGCGUGCUCUUCUCUCACAGCUGCGGUGUUUGAAUUUUUUUAUUUUUCGGUGUUUGUUUUUGUCAAAUUGCAGUCAAGCGGGUUGAGCUUCCACACACAAAACGCUGCGCGGCGUCACAAUGUUUGCACCGUGUCACCUUUUAUCCACCAAAGAGCUAACUUGUUUUUUUUGUUGUUUGUUAGUUUUUGUUUUUUUUAACACGUGAAGUUUGUUUUGGGGGGUUUUACUCAUGUCCCAAAAUUUCCGCACACUCAGCCCAAAUAGUCGAUUGGCUUCAGUUUGCCGGCCACUAACAUUUUCACCAAAUAUGUCGUCGCUGUCCGGUAAACAAUGUGAAUUUUUGUGCAUAUCGCUUCUAUCGUAAAAAUAUAAAAUGUCUCGAAAAAAAUUGUGAUGCGUUAAUUUGGUUGCUCGCAUAAAAUGCAAACACAUAAAAAAUAGCUUUGGAUUCAAAGAAACGACGACAAAAAAUGGGAAGUUUGGUGAUUUUAUUGGGCAGCGACGACAUGCUAACACAAGACGUACGACGAAUGCGUGCGUUUGGGGUUGGUCUCGUUUUUGGUCGCAAACUCACUUUGAGUCGGUAAGCCUCCAAAAGGAAUGAUUUUCUGUGUGUCUGUAAUUUCACCGUAAAAACAAAACAACAAAAACAUUGCGAUGUGCACGAUUGUGGUUCCUAACACAAAUGCUAACACGUUAUCUGGAAAACAACCCAAAACUGUUUGUUUCCGAUAAAAAGCAAGAAAAAAUGUACAAACUGUAGCUUGGUGAUUGCUUGUCGUGUUUUUCAUCGUUUUGAGUUGGUUUGUGGAAGCUCGGCUCUGCUCACAUUUGCCAUGUUUAACCACGUCUGUUUUUUUAUUUUAUUUUAUUUUUUUGGGGGGAUGGAGCGCUUUUGAAACUUGAAACCAAAUUAUCAAAUAUGGUUUUAAAAAAAAAAAAAAAAAGUGUUUUUUUAUGUUAACUUUGAGGGCACACAAAAAGGGGGUCAAAGUGCCUCAAAUGUAACUUAACACCGCAAUUUGUGUGUGUACGUGCACACAACCUCACGCACACGAUUGUCACUGUUGGUGUUUUCCGCACUUCGGUCUUCAAUAGCAAGUAAAAAAUAAUAAUAAUAAUAAUAAUUCACAUCACGUCAACUUCAUGUCACCUUUGUCAAGUUUGUGGUCACUUGCAGUCAAAUUUUGGUAGCUUGCCCUCAACUUUUUCAGCUUAUCAACUGACUGUCAAUGUUGUCAAGUUCGUGUCGACGUUCGUCAACUUUUCCGACAAAUUCAUAUUGAAUUUGUAAACUUACUGUCAGGUUUUUCCACUUACGGUCAAGUGUGUCAAUUUCACGUCUGCUUUACUGGCAACUUGCCGACAACUUCUUUGACGUUGUCAACGUUUUGUCAUUUUCAUGUCAACUGCUGGCAACUUCGCAUUCACUUUGUCAACUUCCUGUUAAAUUCAAGUCAGCUUGACGAGCUUUUUUGGCAAGGUUUUUGUCAACUUCCUAUCAAAUGUAAACGUCCCAUCAACGUUCAUUUCAACUUGCUGUCCACGUUGUCAAAUUGACAUCAACUUUGUGUGAACUUCAUGUCAACUUGCCUCCGAAAUCCAAACGCCAAAAUUUCAUGUCAACAAAAGGACCUUUAGCCGUAGCACCUUAGCAUGAGCGCGGCCAUUUUUUUUUUUUUAAGCGCACACAAGUUUUUGUGUGUGUGCGUGCGUGUGCGGUGAGUUGUGUAGCGCCGUGUGUCACUGUUUGUGUAGCGUCUCGUCACAUCCGUGUUUGAAAAGAAGAAAAUAAAGGAACAAGUAUCACGAGAAACACAACAGUAUGCGAAGAGAGAGUGAGAGAAAAUUGUAAGAUAAAUAAAAAUGCUAUUGAAUGA